AUGAUUCAUACCUCUUCCCAUGAAAAUGACGGUAGCUUGGGCAUGCCCAACCCCCCAAUGAACCAAGUUGCCGUUGGCAUUGAUGAUGAUAAGCAUAGCCCUCAUGCGGUUCGAUAUGCAAUCGACAACCUCAUGUUUAACAAUUCGUCGAUUCUCCUGGUUCAUGUUAAGGUGCCGAGAUUCAAUUCUCAUGUUUCGGCUGGGAAUGGAAAAUACGAAUCAAGUGAUUUCGAAACACAACAGCUUUUCAAUCGUUUUCGGACAUUUUGUACACUAAAACAGAUUCCUGUGACAAACGUCUUGCUUAUUGAUAAUGACGUUCCUAAGGCAGUUGUAGCUUAUGUCAGGGAAAAUAAAAUCGAAAAUCUAGUGCUUGGUGCCUCGACAAGAAGUGGUAUAGCAAGGAAGUUCAAGAGCUCUCAUGUGCCAUACACGAUAAUGAAACGUGUCCCAGAUUUUUGUUCCGUGCUUGUGAUUUCAAAAGGGAAGGUUGUAGAAAGGCGGUUAGCAACACGAACUCUAGUCAAUCUUUCAGCUCCGCCUAAGUUAUCAACAUCUUCUAAUCUAGAAGAAGACAGGCCAGCACCUAUGAGCGGAGACCAUAAAAAUUCACCAAAUACGAACAGGCCACAGAAAAGUACCGGCACAGUGUCAACCGAAAAUAUUGAACUUCCUAAAGGUGGGAAAAGUCCUAGUGCAUUGCUAGGUGUAGAAAUACCAGCUACUGUACCCUUUGGAUCAAUGGAUCUCAUAGGCCAUGAUUUGGAUUUCAAUUUGGCAUCAAACUUUAAUGAGAGUAGAAGUUCAACAUCAUCAUCACCGAGUGACAUUGAAGCCGAUAUGAGAAGACUUAAACUUGAGCUAAAGCAAACCAUGGAGAUGUAUAAUGAAGCUUACAAAGAAGCAAUUGCUGCCAAGAAGCAGGCAUCAGAACUCCAUCAGUUCCAAAUGCAAGACGCUUGUAGGAUUGAGCAAGCACGACUUUCUGAAGAGGAAGCUGCCAAGAUUGUUGAGAUGGAGAAGGCCAAGUGUAAAGCGGCCAUGGAAGCUGCCGAGAAAGCAAAGAAGCUAGCUGAGAUAGAAGCAAAGAGGAGAAAGCAUGCAGAACUGAUGGCUGAGAAAGCCAAAAAGCAAUCGAAUAACCAUGUUUUUUACAGAAAGUACACUAUUGAAGAAAUUGAAGAGGCAACUAAUAACUUUGAACCAUUAUUAAAGAUCGGUGAAGGUGGAUAUGGUCCAGUCUUUAAAGGAAAACUUGAUCAUACCCCUGUUGCCAUUAAAGUUCUUAGACCUGAUGCUGCACAAGGGGAAAAACAAUUCCAACAGGAGGUUGAGAUCCUAUCUCGUUUGAGACAUCCGAACCUGGUCCUCCUUCUAGGAGCUUGUCCGGAGUAUGGAUGUUUGGUCUAUGAAUUCAUGAACUAUGGAAGCUUGGAAGACCGUCUAUUACGUAAAGGCAACAGCCCUUCUAUACCGUGGGAAACUCGAUUCAGGAUUGCAGCUGAUAUUGGAACUGGGCUUCUGUUCCUUCACCAGGAUAAGCCAGAGCCCCUUGUGCACCGUGACCUAAAGCCAGGAAACAUUCUUUUAGAUUGUAAUUAUGUUUGUAAAAUUGCUGAUAUUGGAUUAGCAAGACUAGUCCCACCUUCUGUAGCUGAUAGUGUGACUCAAUAUUACAUGACUUCAGCUGCGGGAACCUUUUGCUACAUUGACCCCGAGUAUCAACAAACAGGUAUGUUAGGGGUUAAGUCUGAUAUAUACGCAUUAGGUGUAAUUUUACUCCAAAUUAUCACUGCUAGGUCCCCAAUGGGCCUAACACACCAAGUCGGGAGGGCUAUUUCGAAAGGAACAUUUGCAGAUAUGCUUGAUCCAACGGUGCCAGACUGGCCUGUUGAAGAGGCGCUUAGAUUUGCAAAGCUAGCACUCAAGUGUGCGGAGUUAAGAAAGAAAGACAGACCAGAUCUUGGAUCUUGUAUUUUGCCAGAACUUGACAGAAUUAAAGAUUUGGGAAUGAGUAGCAGAUUAAGUAAAGAUGACAAUCAUAGACCUGUGCCUCAUUCUCGAGAUCCAAGUCCAAGAGAGAGCUCACCUUAUUCUUACCAGCUUGAUUCUUGA